AUGUCCGCGAAAUCCAGACGUCCUCCGGAUUUGACCAUGAGUCUGCCUGAUUCUCCGGAUCCUGCCUCGACCCCAGACUCGCCAACCUACUCAAGAAGAGCGCCUCUCCUCAGGGCGACGAGCAGUGUUUCCGUGUCAGAAGUCACCCCUCUCCUCCAGCCUGGGACCUCCCGUCGCAGGAGUCUCAGGAGCACUCGACACCACAACCGCGCCGAAUCAUGGAGCCAACGCCUGGUUACUGCGCUGACCACAGACCACCACAUCAGAGACCAUACGAGGGAGUCCAAAGUCCCAGCCGAACCAGAUGACCGUGUAUGGUACGAUCAGUUCACCUCGACGGACUGGGUACACGACAGUAUUGCCGAUGCCUAUCGACUCAAGGCCCUUCGAAGUCGGACGGACAUACGCGGACGCAUAAAGGCCUUUUUUGACGGAACACAAGGCUGGAUCCUCAGCGCUCUCGUAGGCUGUCUUACUGCAACAAUAGCUUACGCCGUGGAUAAAUCGGAAGCCCCAGUAUUUGAUUGGAAGGACGGGUACUGCUCGAAAGGCUUUUUCCUGAGCGAGAAGAGAUGCUGCCCUGAAGGAGGCCGAUGUGAUUCUUGGAAGCCGUGGUCAAGUUAUAUCCAGAUUCCUCAUGUCAACGAGGGGUCAGUGGAGUAUGGCAUAUUCAUAUUACUAGUAGUGGCAUUCUCCACACUCUCCUGCGUGUUGACCCUCACCACGAAAACUGUUGUGCCAUCGACCUACCGCAUCUCCACGCUCGAUGAGAAUCUGGGUGCGCCAAACCUACAAGAAUCUAAUUCACCAAACGAUGUUGCAAGCCCCGCGCAGAUUGACAAACCGGAAGUUGCUCCUCCAAUGAUCUACUACUCUGCCGCAGGCUCUGGGGUUGCGGAAGUGCGCGUAAUCCUCAGUGGAUUCGUUCUUCACGGAUUCUUGGGUGUAAAGACCCUUGUCGUCAAAACAGUAGGUCUCAUAUUAAGUGUUGCUUCGGGCCUGAGCUUGGGCAAGGAGGGACCGUUUGUCCACAUCGCAACCUGUGUGGGUAACAUUGCUUGCCGAUUGUUCUCCAAAUACGAUAACAACGAUGCUAAGCGCAGAGAAGUGCUGUCAGCCGCCGCCGCGGCUGGAGUAGCAGUAGCCUUCGGGGCUCCGAUUGGAGGAGUCCUCUUCUCACUCGAGGAGGUGGCGUACUUUUUCCCGGCAAAGACGCUUUUCAGGACGUUCUUUUGUUGCAUAUGUGCAGCCCUUACUCUUAAAUUCCUAGAUCCCUAUGGGAAUAGUAAAAUUGUUAUGUUCGAAGUCCGAUAUCUCACAGACUGGCAGUUCUUCGAACUCACCGCCUUUAUUGCAGUUGGCAUACUUGGUGGAGCUACAGGUGCCCUAUUCAUCAAAGCAUCCCGGAAGUGGGCUCAGUCCUUCCGCAAGAUCCCGGUUAUAAAGAAACGACCUCUUGUUGAGGUCAUGUUAGUUGCGUUACUCACAGGCGUCGUCAGUUACUGGAACCCUUACACGAAGAUCCCGGUUGCGAAAUUACUCUUGAACGUAGCAAGUCCUUGCGAUGCCGAAACUCGAAAUGAUCUAGGCCUCUGCCCCGCUGAUAUGGACGAAAUAUUCCCAGUUGUCCGAGACCUAGCCAUUGCGUUCUUUAUCAAAGGGAUUCUGACAAUCGUCACAUUUGGCAUUAAGGUUCCAGCUGGCAUAUAUGUCCCAUCUAUGGUGGUCGGCGGCCUAGGGGGACGUAUGAUCGGUCAUAUAAUACAGUGGAUCGUACUGAGAUUCCCUACCUCGCCUCUCUUUGGAGACUGUGCUGCACAUGUCUCUGGCCAGUCUUGUAUCACUCCGGGUGUAUAUGCUCUUAUUGCUGCAGGCUCGACUAUGUGUGGAGUUACUAGGUUAUCUGUGACGCUAGCAGUCAUUCUGUUUGAGCUGACGGGCAGUCUUCACUAUGUGCUUCCUUUCUCACUCGCCAUUCUUGUGGCGAAAUGGACCGCGGACUUCAUUGAGCCUCUCAGCAUUUACGACCUGUUAACCAACUUGAAUUCGUACCCGUAUCUAAACAAUAAACACAAACCCAUUUUCACGUCGGAUCUCGCUGAUAUCAUUCCUCGAGUUCGACGGGAGAGGCUCAUUGACAUCUCCACCUCUCCACUGGUUUCGGCAGAAAGCCUUCGUGAGAAGCUUGAAAUCCUGCAUCAGGCUGGGGAAAUUGAUGGCGGGCUUCCAAUCAUUAGAGACGACAUUCUUGUUGGCUUGAUUCCUGCUCCGGAUCUCGAAUUUGCGCUUGACAAUCUUGAGGAUGAAUCCAAUAGCUUAUGCCUCAUGGCUUCUGUCACUUCGUUCGAUUCAGAUGAUGAGAGGGGCAAAGAUCCUACAGAUUUCACACCCUAUAUUGAUCCCGCGCCACUUGCUCUCGAUAUUCGCUCGCCGAUGGACUUGGUGUAUGAAUGUUUUGUGAAGCUCGGCCUGAGAUAUACGCAUAAGAAAACGUUUGUCAAGUACAUGCGGGAAUUGGAAGAAAAGGAGGGGCAUGUUUGA